UAUAUUCUUCUGCAAUCAUCUCCUUUUUCUUCCUUUUUCGUAUUUUCGCCGUCGUGGUUAUCAUUUGUAUCGUCUUGAACUAUUUCUGCUAUAACUGUAUCUAAACUCUUUAUCUAUUCUUCAUCUUUAUACAGAACACCGCGCAAUUCCUCGUAAAUAAUAAUUGCUAUUGGAUUAUUUUUUAAUUAAAAAAAGAUAGAGAAAGAGAUUCUCUUUUUUUUUUGUGGGAUUACACCAUAAUAGAAAAGAAAACAAAAAACAAAGUGAAAGGAUUAUUUUCACUGUCUUCUAUCUUCUUUUUGGUGGAUUGUUUAUCCUUUUACCUAGCUGGUGUAUAGUGAUUUUUCUAUAUAUAUCGUUGCUGUUCUGCUAUCAACUAUAAACAAUCUAUUACAAUCGGAAACUUUCUUCAUCAGUUGUUGGAUGCGCUAUAUUUUUGUUGUUGUUUGUGUUUGGUUAACAUCACACAGCAAGCAAAAGCAGACACAAAGUCCUUUGAGAUUAUCAACAGGAACAAAUCAAAGAUAAUAAACAAGCACGUACGGAUAACAUCUUAUAAACCGGACCACAUCGUAUUUUCACUCUAAUCCAUUCUAAUAAAGGACAACAUACACCUUAAGGUUGCCCAAUAAUACAAUAAAAUUGUCAGAUUUAACUACAAUGCCAUGUUAAUUUUAAAGAAUUUUAACUAACAACACAAGAAAUGGAAACAAUGAUGUCAACUUUUCGAACGAUUUGACGCAACACGACAACGUUGUUGUUGGCGUAUAGUCUCAUUCUUUCUUCUGGUCUUCAUUGUUCAUCUAAAAAAGAAUCUAAAAGACAAGUGAAAACGAAGAUAAACAGCUCUAUAGGAGUUUUAACGGAGUCCCGAACGAAAGUCGAAGGGGGAUAGACUUCUUCUUCGAAAAGAAACUAAAUAUAAUCACGAGAUUGCACAAAAUCAGCUUUGGUCUGAUUUUAGUGUAAACCCGCUCUAACUGAUUUAACCUCAACAAAAACAAAAAAAUGUAUAAUCACACGACAAAUCUCGUCAAAAUGUCAGUAAAACAUAGUAGACGAAGAACACUUUGCAGUCCACGACUGUCAAGUCUGCGAAUAUUGCUCCAUGUGUUAAUACUUGGAGUCAUAGCGACACAAAUUACCGCCGAUGGUAUGCAACACAUGACAGACAAUGGCGGUGGGGGAGGCGGAAUGGGCGGGAUGGGCGGCAUGGGUGGUGGCAGCAUGUCGAUGGAAGUCAGUCCAGCUCCAGCUUUUGGUCUGCCGGCAAUGCCAAAAGACCCGAAUUCGCGUUGCGAAGAAAUAACCAUUCCUAUGUGCCGAGGAAUCGGUUACAAUAUGACAUCAUUCCCGAACGAAAUGAACCACGAAACCCAGGACGAAGCUGGUUUAGAAGUCCAUCAAUUCUGGCCUUUAGUGGAGAUCAAAUGUUCGCCAGAUUUGAAAUUCUUCCUCUGUUCAAUGUACACACCUAUUUGCCUGGAAGACUAUCACAAGCCUCUUCCAGUUUGUCGAUCAGUAUGCGAACGAGCUCGUUCAGGUUGUGCGCCCAUUAUGCAGCAAUACAGCUUUGAAUGGCCCGAACGAAUGGCUUGCGAACACUUGCCAUAUCACGGCGAUCCCGAAAAUCUUUGCAUGGAACAACCGACUUAUACCGAAAACGAAGGAACUGGCCAUUCGUCAGGUGGUUCCGGUGGUUCAGGAGGCUCAUCUCGAGGAGGUGACUCCGGUUCGAGCAGCUCUAGCGGCGGUUCCGGUGGCAAAUCGAAUCGCAACAAAUCACAAUCGGCCAAAUGCAAAGGAAAGAAUUCAAAAAACUGCCAAAAUUCCCUAGGAGAAAGAACAAAGGAGUGCACAUGCAGUUGCCGUCCACCACUGAUACUCCUGGGGAAGGAAAACCACUGGUACAACACCACUGUCGGAAGGGUGGCCGGCGUGUCAAAUUGCGGAAUACCAUGCAAGGGGCCGUUCUUCACAAACGACGAAAAGGAAUUCGCCGGAAUAUGGAUCGCACUGUGGUCGGGUCUGUGCUUCAUCAGCACUCUAAUGACACUCACCACAUUCAUCAUCGACACCGAAAGAUUCAAGUAUCCUGAGAGGCCAAUUGUCUUUUUGUCUGCUUGCUAUUUUAUGGUUGCAGUCGGGUAUUUGUCAAAGACUUUUAUGAACAACGACGAGAUUGCAUGCGAUGGCCGGAUUUUGAGGCAAUCUUCAACUGGCCCACAAUCGUGUACUUUGGUCUUUUUGUUGGUGUAUUUCUUCGGAAUGGCUUCGUCGAUUUGGUGGGUGAUUUUGUCGUUUACUUGGUUUUUGGCAGCAGGCUUGAAAUGGGGCAAUGAAGCUAUAACUAAGCAUUCUCAGUAUUUCCAUUUGGCCGCAUGGUUAAUUCCGACGGUACAAAGUGUUGCCGUGUUGCUUUUAUCGGCUGUUGAUGGUGAUCCGAUUUUGGGAAUUUGCUAUGUCGGUAACUUGAACACCGAGCAUCUCAAGACCUUCGUUUUGGCACCACUUUUUGUGUAUUUGGUGAUUGGCACAACUUUCUUGAUGGCUGGUUUUGUAUCACUCUUCCGCAUUCGAUCGGUGAUCAAGCAACAAGGUGGCGUUGGAGCUGGCGUCAAGGCUGACAAACUUGAGAAGCUCAUGAUUCGUAUUGGUAUCUUUUCCGUCCUGUAUACCGUCCCGGCGACCAUUGUCAUUGGAUGCUACCUUUACGAAGCAGCUUACUUCGAAGACUGGAUCAAAGUGCUGGCUUGCCCAUGCGCCAAUAUUAAAGGCCCAGCUAAAAAGCCUCUCUAUUCCGUGCUAAUGCUCAAGUAUUUUAUGGCAUUGGCCGUCGGCAUAACAUCGGGCGUGUGGAUAUGGUCGGGUAAGACUUUAGAGUCAUGGCGACGUUUCUGGCGCCGGCUCUUCGGACAUCCUGAUCACACAGGUGCAAAUCAGGCUCUGAUCAAGCAGCGACCACCUGUUCCCCAUCCAUAUGCUGGAUCGGGAAUGGGUGUGCCGGGUUCAGCGGCAGGGUCAUUAAUGGCAACUCCUUACACUCAGGCAGGCGCCAGUGUUGCAUCGACCAGCCACCACCAUUUGCACCACCAUGUCUUGAAACAACCACCGGCCAGUCAUGUAUGACCUGGCGAGUCAGGAGGUGCUUCAACCGGCGGCAUGCCAAUGGGUGGAGGCGGCAGUACAAUCGGCGGUAGUAGUGUUCUUGGCAGCGGUCAUGGCGGCGGUGGCAUGCCCAUGAGCGCUGGCAUUAGCAGUAGUACAGUUGGUGGUAUGGUAGGAAGCGGCGUUGGUGGUAUGG